AUGAAAAGGCAGCAUAUUCUCCAGCAGACUAGCUCUUCUAGCUACUCACCACAAUCUGAAUGCUUUAUCGAAGUACCAGACCAUGUGGAUAUAUUUGAUGCUGGUCAAAAUAUUCCCAUUCGAGUUUUAAAAACAUAUACUCCACCAAAUACUGUCAUUCAGGCAACAGGGUUUGAAAAUGACGUAGGAGCAGAGAAUAUAUUAGAAGAGGCUAUAAGAAACAUACCGACUAUUAGUGAAGAUGCUGUGCCUAAAGAUCCUGGAAAAUAA